AUGGUCCUAGGCAAGCCAAAGUUCCAGCAGUUUUGUUCACAGGCAUCCUCAGCGACCGACAAGGUAUCAUCUAUCCUGUCGUUUGGCAGUACUAGUACUGAUAUGCAUUUACAAACCAAAACUACAGGUAUUUGUCGACAUGGCAUCCUUACUGACGCAGGGAAGAAGUAUCAGCUUACCAGAAUGCUCUGUCUCACCAUUUUCCCUAUCGUACUGUUGUGGAGCUUCACAGCUUUUACUCUAACCGAAUCUAUCAAUGAGAAAUCCACCGCCGAACAGAACAUGCAACAGUUGCAGUUUACGACUGAAUUAGGACAAGUGAUCCAUCAUUUACAGAGGGAAAGAGACAUGAGCGUUCUAUACCUCAGCGCACUAGGACCGGAAACAAGGACCUUCCUGUUGGACGAGUAUAUCGAAACUGACGAUGCCCUUGCAGCUCUAACGUCUUGGCCGGACGAAGCAACACGAUCCGGAUGGCAGGAUCCCACCGUCACUAGAGACACUUUUGCUACUGUUUGGCGAGAUCUGAUAGCUUACACUAAAAUCACAAUCGGAAAACAAGACGUAGGGGUCGAACGCGCGCUAGGAACGUAUUUCUUUGUGAAAGGGGGCUUUAACAAUCAAGACGCGUUCGAACUGUACAAUAGGAGAGUACAUAAAUUCCGAGCCUUCUACUACACGGCCCACAUGUAUUCUUCAAUGGUAGACAACCUCUAUAAAGAAGGCUUUUUCAGUGCUUCUUAUAACGUCACGGAAACCAUCAAUAAAUAUAGAUUUGAAAUACAAAACUCUGAGGAAUACAAGCAAAGUCCAAGUGUACUGAAAGCACAGAAGUGGUUUGACAAUAUGACUAUCUAUAUGGACGCACUUCUGGGAAUACAGGUUAAACUCGGGAGCGAUAUCAUAUCUCAGAUCAAUGAAAAGCUAACCGGGAUCACAGAGAGCAUAGCAGUCAGCAUCAGCUGUCUGGUAAUUGUUUUGUGCGUCUGUCCAUUGGUGGUGGUUUCCACCAAGGCUCUUACGAGCAGUAUCCAAAACUAUGCUGUCAUACUCGUCCACAAGACGAAAGAACUCACAAAGGAGAAGAAAAGGACCGACUCGCUUCUCUACCAAAUGAUACCUAAAUCAAUUGCUGAUAAGCUCAAGAAAAAUGUUCAUAUUGAUGCAGAAUACUUUAAAAGUGCUACGGUAUUUUUUAUUGAUAUCUUUGACUUUAACCGACUAGUGAUGGAGAGCUCCCCAAUAGAAAUAGUGGACUUACUGAAUGCUGUCUACAAGAAUAUAGAUGAACACCUGGAUAAUUUUGAUGUUUACAAGGUGGAAACGAUAAAUGAUUGCUACAUGGUAUCCUCAGGAUUACCAAAAAGGAACCGGGAUCGUCAUGUGAUCGAGAUAGCCAAUCUUGCUUUGGUUCUCCGCGCCAUGGUUCUCGCUAAGCCGUUUGUGCUGUCGGGUGACAGGGAAAUAAAACUUCGCUUUGGGAUGAAUACAGCCAACAGUAUACAUGUAAGUCAGCCGUCCUAUUCCCGUCUGAUGAAGUAUGGUUAUUACAUUAUGAAGAAACGGGGAAGCAUUUUUAUCAAGGGGAAAGGGGAGAUGGUAACCUACUGGUUAAUGGGUAAACAGAGUGAAAGUUGCCAGGUCAUGGACGUGGAUGUCGAAUCAGCAAACGAACUGGAUGAAGCUGUCACCUAUAACGCCAUGCCAGGCGAACUUACACAAUACGAUCAAAGGCACCUGACCUCCGCUCUCACUGUCCCAUUACCAGGCAGGGUCUAUUCCAGAAAACACGUUCACAGCAAAUGCGGUAAGGUGUCGCCACAGAUUAAAGGCAUACAAGAACAUAAAGACACAGAGGUAGAAUGCCUAAGUCAGAAGAACCAAACAUAUACAUCUACGAUGGAUGAACCUUCUGAUGAAGGAAAUGAUGGGUGUCAAAGGAGAAAGCCCGUCAGACAGCAAUCGGGAGUUUCAGUAGAGCAGAAAGAGGCAGAAAAUAAAGAUGAACCACUGCCCACCACGCUAGUAUCAGAAUAUAUUGACGAACCAUUGCCCACCUCGUUAGGAUCAGAAAAUAAAGGCUCACAAAUUUCGAUCCAAAUGGAAGAAGUUGACAAAGACGAAACACAGGUACAGCAGAUCGAUGUUUUGCAUGUCAACAAAUCGGAAUCACGUAAUGAAUCAGUUUCUGAGGAGACUCUGAAAAUUAGCAAUGAAAGCACAUCUGACGUAGAUAAUGGAGCCAAGGACAUAAGUCUUUAG